CCAGGGGCUGUGGUCCUAUGAUGGCUGGAACAAUCUCAAUUACGUGACUGAGGAGCUUAAGCGCCCAGAGGUAAGAGAGAAAAGUUGAAGUAAGCAUUGAGGUAAUUUUGCCCAAAUCACUUAUAUUUAUUUAUAUACUUUUAUUUUUUACAACUGGUGAAGAUAAAUAUGUGUCUUAACAGUGAAGGCAACUUUUUUUUAAAAGCAACAAUUGUGUGAAAAUCGAAUUAUUUCACUUUAUAACAUCUGUAUUUGUAUGUUGCUUUCAAAUGAUGGAUUGUUUCACAUGUUUGAGCAUGCAUGAAUGCCUUAAGCUCAGCCCCACCUGAGUAGGAGUCUAUAAAGAGGUCAUUGUGCUGGGACAUUGACACUUAUUGGUGAUGGCCAGUGAGAAGUGCACGCUUAGCCUGCAGAGGGAGGUGGGGCUGCUGGGAGCAGUGUCCUUCAUUGCUGGGACUAUGAUUGGUUCUGGGAUUUUCAUCUCUCCUCAGUAUGUUCUCACUGUUAUUGGCAGUCCUGCUGCCAGCCUGAUCAUCUGGGCAUCAUGUGGAUGUCUGGCUAUGCUGGGAGGCCUCUGCUAUGCCGAGCUGGGCACGGUUAUUCCAGAGUCUGGAGCAGAGUAUGUUUACAUGCUGCGGACUACAGGGAAAGUCACAGCCUUUCUGUUUGUGUUCAGCUUUGUGAAUGUCAUGAGACCGGCCAGUGCCACAGGGAUCGCUCUGAGUGUGGCUGAGUAUGUGGUGGCUCCUUUUUACAGUGACUGUACCCCUCCACAGCUACUGGUCAAGUGCGUAGCAGCAGGAUGCAUCCUAACUCUGGCUAUUGUUAACUGUUUAAGUGUGCGCACUGCCACACUCAUCCAGGUCCUCUGUACUGCAGUCAAAGUGCUUGCUCUCACUGGCAUUGCCCUGGGAGGCUGUGUGAUGCUUUUCCAAGGAGAAACUGGGAGUAUCAACUCUUUUGAAGGAACAAAUGUUGGUGUGAAUUCCAUUGGCAUAGCCUUUUAUCAAGGGCUAUGGUCCUAUGAUGGCUGGAACACUCUGAACUUUUUAACUGAGGAGCUGAAACAUCCAGAAGUAAGGUGUUUUGGCUACAUUUUAAAGAACCAAAUGUGGCGGAUUAAAAAUCUUGCUUUGUGUUCUGCUAAAUAGGUCGUUUGGUCAUUUGUCAUCCAUAAUACACAAAUAUUUGAAAAAUGGUUCAACUGAAACUUUGUAAAUUUGCUUAAAAUAUAAUGUAGCUUUAACUGAUGUGUUAUCUUUUCUAAGUGUGAUAAGGGUUUAUGAUGUUAUGUGUCUGUAAUUGGUAGUGGGUAAAACCUGUUAUAACCCAUUGCGAUGACCCUUGCAUAGGUGGAGAAUUGUUAUGACCAUGGCUUUAAUCAUAAAUGUUCAAACUGUGGUGAAGUCAGAGUUAAACA